AUGGUGGUAGUAGUGGCUGGUCAGGUGGAGGCAGCAAAGGAGGCGGGAGCGGAGGCGGGGAUGGGAGCGGAGGCGGGAGCAGGGGCGAGGAUGGGGACGGAGACGGGAGCGUGGAUGGGAGUGUGGAUGGAAGCGGGGACAGUAGCAGGGACGGUAGCAGGGACGGUAGCAGGGACGGUAGCAGGGACAAGAGCGGGGACGAUAGCAGGGACAAGAGCGGAGACGAUAGCAGGGAUGGUAACAGGGACAAGAGCAGGGACGGGUGAGGAGGAAGAUACUGUAAAGGGUGGUAAGAACUGUGCUCCUGCACAGGGGCGUGUUUUCAAGAAGCUCACUUGUAAUGAGUUUGUGAGCCGUUACAAGCAAGCUAGUUCUGAAUUUGGUGGAAAUUCUCAGUCCCCUCUCCCUGUGCUUUCCUCCGCCUGUCCUGUCUCUUCUGUUAAGAGUCCUCAGCAAACUAUUGGAGCUGCGAUCAAACACCAUCUGUGUCAAGCGUUGGGACUCAGGCUGGAGGAGAUUUACCAUGUGACUGUGAUGCCCUGUUACGAUAAGAAGCUCGAGGCUGCGAGAGACAGAUUUUUGUCUUUGAAGAUAAGCUGA